AUGGCGAAGAAAUCCGCUCGCAAGAAGACGCCGGCGUCAACUCCGGCCUCAUCAGGCACAUCUACUCCAAGCUCCGCAUCCUCCGGCCCGAUCCCUCCCUUCAUCAAAGUCCCCUCCAUACUCGAGCCUUUCGUGAAACCGUUAUCCUCCGACGAGGUGUACCUGAUCCACAUCGACACAACAGGAACCGAUCUGAAAUGGCAAACUUUCCUCGUACCCUUGCUUAUGAACAUCGUGGUUACCCUCGCUAUCGCAGUGCGAGUGUACUACGGAAUCAGCACCUACCCGGCCCUCAUCAAGACCUUCCUUGGAUUCCAGAGCUCUUUAACUGUGGAUGAAGCCAACACCUCAUGGCUGCAAAUGGCACAGCUCAUCGUCCGCCGAACAGGCACCCUCUUCAUCGACUACUUCCUCUUGACGCAGUUCCUGAGCUGGCCUCUUAACUUCGUCUUCGGUCCCGCACUCUGGCGCCGUGCAGUCGGCUUCAAGGAUCGAGAAAUCAUCGUUCGCCGCAGUCACAAGAACUGGAGCAAGAAGCUCGAGCGGAACAAAUGGAUCCGCGAUAAUGAGGCCAUGCGCGACAAGAUCGUAGCUGCUGUUACACCUGAGCGGAUCGGCAAAACGGGAUUCCUGCUUGUCGAUGAUGACUGGAAUCUUGACUAUUCCGCCAUGGUCCGUGCUCAUGCAUUGGUCGACCGUACACGCAAGGGCGAUGGCGUGCAGCUGGAUGAGUUCCGUACUGCGGUGCUCGUGCAUACCGAUGCUGAUGGGUGGUUGAUUUGGCGUGUUGGUGAUGAGAACACCCCGGCUAAUCGCCAACGCUCGGCGCAACGAGACCAGAUCUUGGCCUUCCAGGAAAAGCUCACUUCGAUGGGUAAGGAGGACCUGUUCUUCCGUUGGGUCGAAGUGGUACAGUGGGAGAGCUCACAGCCUGGUGGCUUCACGCAGGAGAGGCAGAAAUCGGCCAUGCUUAAAGCACAGCAGAUGUUCAAUGAAGAGGGCGUGGACUUCAGUAGCUUCUGGGAAGAUUUGGGGGGUAUGGAAGGUAUAGAAGGAAUGGACUCAUAA